AUGGCAACUACGGGAGAGAAGAACACGCUGCCGCUUGACAAGCGCUGCGCGCCCGUGCGCGUCGAGCUGGAGGAGCUCACCAAGGCGGCGUUGGCGGCAGCCUUUCCCGACGCGACGGAUGCGCCGCUCGUCGCGCCUUGCAACAACCUGAAGAACGGGGACUACCAGAUCAACAACGCGAUGGGGCUGUUCGGGCGCAUGAAGGGCAAGGAGGGCGCCCCGAAGAACCCGCGCGCGGUGGCCGAGGCGAUCAUCGCCAACCUGCCUGCGACCGACGUGGUGACGGAGAAGCCCACCAUUGCCGGGCCCGGGUUCAUCAACCUGAAGCUGUCGGGCGGGUGGAUGGCGGCGCGUAUCAGCGCGAUGCUGAAGGACGGCAUCGGGACGUGGGCGCCGCCCGUGGCGCCCAAGUCGGUGGUGGUGGACUUUUCGUCGCCCAACGUGGCCAAGGAGAUGCACGUGGGGCACCUGCGGUCGACGAUCAUCGGCGACACGCUGUGCCGGCUGCUCGCGUUCUGCGGGCACGACGUGACGCGGCUGAACCACAUCGGCGACUGGGGCACGCAGUUCGGCAUGCUGAUUCAGCACAUGGCCGACACCAACCCCCGGGGGCUGGAGGGCGCCGGCGAGGAGGGCGUGUCCGACCUGAUGAAGCUGUACCGCGACGCGAAGAAGCGCUUCGACGAGGACGAGGAGUUCAAGACCCGCGCGCGCAACGCCGUGACCGACCUCCAGAGCGGGCGCCCUGAGUACCUGGCCGCGUGGACGAAGAUCUGCGAGGCCAGCCGGGUCGAGUUCCAGGCCAUCUACGAGCGCCUCGGCGUCGUGAUCGACGAGCGGGGGGAGUCGUUCUACAACCCGAUGCUGAAGCCGCUCGUGGAGCGGCUGAGCGAGGAGGGCGUGGCCGAGGAGUCGGACGGUUGCAAGUGCAUCUUCGUGGAGGGCUACGACGUGCCGCUCAUCAUCCAGAAGUCAGACGGAGGGUUCGGGUACGCCUCGACCGACCUGGCCGCCGUGGAGCACCGCGUCAAGGAGAUGAAGUCGGACUGGGUGAUCUACGUCACGGACGCCGGCCAGAGCCAGCACUUCGCGAUGGUCUUUGCGGGCGCGCGCAAGGCGGGCAUCCUGCCGCCCGCGGGCGCCGAGGGCCCGCGCGUGGACCACGUGCCGUUCGGGCUGGUCCUCGGCGAGGACGGCAAGCGCUUCCGCACGCGCUCGGGCGACGUCGUGCGGCUCGUGGAGCUCCUGGACGAGGCCUACGACCGCAUCAAGGGCACCAUCAAGGAGCGCCGGCCGGACAUCCCCGAGGACGAGCUGGACUUCGCCGCCAAGGCCAUGGGGUACGGCGCGGUGAAGUACGCCGAUCUGAAGAACUCGCGCACGACCAACUACAAGUUCUCGUACGACGCGAUGCUAGACCUGAAGGGCAACACCGCGGUGUACCUCCUGUACGCCCACGCGCGCAUCGCCUCUAUCGGGCGCAAGAGCGGGCGCAACAUCGACGAGCUCGUGCAGACCGCGGAGCUGAAGCUCGAGCACCCGAACGAGCUCGCCCUCGCGAUGCACAUCCUCAAGUUCCCCGAGGCCGUCGAGGCCGCCGUGGAGGAGCUCGGCCCCAACCGUCUGACCGACUUCCUGUACGACCUCUCCGUGCGGUUCAACGAGUUCUACCAGGAGUGCCAGGUGCUCGGGUCGGACUCCGAGGACAGCCGCCUGCUGCUGUGCGAGGCCACCGCCGUGUGCAUGCGCGCGUGCUUCGGCCUGCUCGGCAUCACGCCGCUCAUGCGCAUCUGA